AUGGAGACCACCACCGAGGUCGAAACAAAGCAGCCGUCAGUUGCGCCUUCAGAGCCGCAGCAACAGACCCCAGUUGCCGAGACCCCUACAACCACAGAAAUGCCGUUUCGACGAGACUCCCGCCUCAAGAGUACUCCAGAAGAGCCCUCUGUACCCAUUAAGGAGGAAAGAAGGCUCAGCAGUGCCAAUGGGGUUAAGCCACCUGCUCUGGAUGACGACGACACCGCCAAUGAUGAUGAUCUAAGCCCGCCUCCAGAGAACUUGAGCCCUGUCUCAGGCAGCCAUGAUCGCGCUUUGGAAGAUGAGAUUGUUGUCGGUAACCGCAAUGGCGUGCAAAAGUCAUCGCCACUCCGCGUUGUUUCUGAUCCCGAGGAUGAGAAUAUGGCGGAUGUUGAGGAUGAGCCAGUCGUCUCUCACUACCCUAAGCGGAAGCGCGCGUCCGUUUUCAAUGACUUGAGUGAAGACAAGAUGGAGAGCAGCCUUGUCUCAGAGAAGGAAGGCACGCCACGCGGCACCAAACCAGCUCGUAGGCAUGGACUGGGUGGUGUGAAGGGCGUCAUUCUCGGAUAUUGGCGCGAUUCACCCGUGCCUGACCCCAGAGGCAAGCAUGCAGUUAUUGGCUUCAUUGAUGUCCGCGAUCGCCUCCGCACUCGCAUUCAGCAGAACACCCGCUUCGGCGAGCCGGUAUCGAGUCUCGAGUAUCCCCUCCCGCCCGGACCAGGUGGCAGCUGGGUGACCUUCGAGCGGGUCGUCUUCGCAGACCACCUUGUUGGUCUGGAUCACCACCAAGUGAAGGAAUAUGUCAAGCUUCGAACGGAUUCUAUCGAGAUGACGGAGGAGGCCCGAGAUGCUGCAGAGCAAGCUGCGGCUAAGGAAGCGGUCCGGCGUGUCGAGGAAAACCCUCCCCCCGAGAAUCCCGUAGCGCCAGCCAUCGCAUACGGUGCGGUGAUUCCCGACCACGCUACAAUGCCGGCUCGGCCGGACUCCAAACGUCGCCGCACUGGUAGUGGCAUCGGCACGAUCAGUGGAGGCCCGGUACAGCAGACGCCGCCAGCACAAAACAUCCCGCCGACUCCUCAAUUCGACCCUCUGCCAGGUACCAGACCCACACGCAUCAUUGUGGGCUACUGGAAGGGCUCCAGUGAGCCUGAUCCUAUCAACAAGCACGCGAUCUACGGCAUCCUCGGACAAAAUGACAUGUUCCGCGUCAAGGUGGCGCGAGAGACGCGUGAUAAGCGCUUCGUCGAUGGCAACUUUCCCGUUGGAGCGGGUGCGCUGUGGAUUCACUGGGAGGAGGUCGAGCUGGAGCCACACAUUAAAGUCCUGUCUCGCCCCGAGGUGAAGGAGUAUUGUCGUGUCCGUCAGUACCAAAUCGAUCAAGGCGAGAGCCCCAACGAGCGAGUCGAGAAUGAGGCCAGGGCAGUGUACGAGGCACAGCAGCGCGUGGCAAAUGGCAUCAAUAAGCCUGGUUACAUGAACAAUAUGGGCCCGCCACCCGCCAUUGUUCCACAGCCAGAAGAGAUGCUCGAGGCACCCGAGACCAAGGUCGAGGCGAACCCCGAACUGCGCCAGAGCCGCAGAACGGAGAACCGUGGCGUUCGGCACUCAUUGCCCGAUCUCGACGUCAGACAGUCAUCACGAACCCCUGUACAAGCGCAGAAUAAGAUUGACGCCAGUGCACGUCGCGAAAUCGCCCGGAUUGAGGCCGCCCAGAUUCGAACCGAGCGUUUCGCCGCUGACCGCGAAGCUGCUCAGAACGCCCAAGCUGCUCAAGCUGCCCAGGUUGCUCAAGCCGCCCACAUGGCCAACUUAGUCCCUCCUCCAAUGCCGCCUCAAGCUAUGCCUAAGAUGCCUUUGCAGAACGGCAACGGCAACGGCCCCCGCAUGAGUAGCCUGUUCCACGAGCGCGACGAGAUGCAGCGCCUGAACAAGGUAUGGGCUAGCCAAGAAGAGCACCGCAGCAAGGUUGGAGGUGAAGAAACCAAGUUUUACGGCGGUAUCAAGUACGAGCGCAAGACCAACGGCCCCUUUGUCGGCAAACUCGUCUCGCAAGGCACCAUUAUCAGUAUUGACGGAGAGGAUUAUGUCGAGUAUCGUGUACUCACGAAGCCGAGUUUUUUCUAG